UCAGUGUCGGAGGCUACCCUCCCCCGGACCCCGUACGAGAGCCAGCAGCUGUCGUACUCCUGAGGCUCGGAGCUCCCCCUUUCCAACGGUUUCACCAUGGCCACUACCAUCGUGACUUCAACCAGGUUUACCGACGAGUACCAACUCUACGAGGAGCUCGGAAAGGGAGCUUUUUCAGUGGUGCGUAGGUGUGUGAAGAAGUCAUCAGGACAAGAGUAUGCUGCAAAAAUCAUUAACACUAAGAAGCUUUCUGCCAGAGACCAUCAGAAGCUGGAGCGAGAGGCUCGAAUCUGCCGCCUCCUUAAGCACCCCAACAUUGUGAGACUCCAUGACAGCAUUUCAGAGGAAGGCUUUCAUUACCUUGUUUUUGACCUGGUGACGGGGGGAGAGCUGUUUGAAGAUAUUGUAGCUAGGGAGUAUUACAGCGAGGCCGACGCCAGUCAGUGCAUUAGUCAGAUCUUGGAGAGUGUCAAUCAUAUCCACCAGCAUGAUAUCGUGCACAGAGACCUCAAGCCUGAAAACCUGUUAUUGGCCAGCAAGAUGAAGGGAGCUGCAGUCAAACUGGCAGAUUUUGGCCUUGCCAUUGAGGUGCAGGGAGACCAGCAGGCCUGGUUUGGUUUUGCUGGUACCCCUGGCUAUCUCUCCCCCGAAGUCCUGAGAAAGGAUCCCUAUGGCAAGCCUGUGGACAUCUGGGCUUGUGGUGUUAUUCUCUAUAUCCUGUUAGUUGGAUAUCCUCCCUUCUGGGAUGAAGAUCAACACAAACUCUAUCAACAGAUUAAAGCUGGGGCCUAUGAUUUCCCUUCCCCAGAGUGGGACACAGUGACUCCUGAAGCCAAGAACCUAAUCAACCAGAUGUUGACCAUAAACCCAGCAAAGAGAAUUACUGCUGAACAGGCUCUCAAACACCCCUGGGUCUGUCAACGUUCUACAGUGGCAUCCAUGAUGCACAGACAGGAGACUGUUGAGUGUCUCCGCAAGUUCAAUGCUCGCCGAAAACUCAAGGGAGCCAUUCUCACCACCAUGCUGGUGUCCAGAAACUUCUCAGUGGGCCGGCAGCAUACCAACUCUGCUGCUGCCGCCUCCUCCACUGCCUCGCUGGCUCAGGAAGCAUGCAAAAGUUUACUCAACAAGAAGUCUGAUUCUGCCAAGCCCUCAACCAACAACAGCAAGAACAGUAUAGUGAGUGCCAUCAAUGCCCUGAAAGAUGGCAACAUGGCAACCAACUCCCAGAUGGAAUCUCAGAGCACAGUGGUCCACAACCCUCCUGAUGGCAUUAAGGGGUCAACAGAGAGCAAUGCCACCAACGACGAGGACGAAAUGAAAGACAGCUCGGCGCUGAGUCAGAGCAGUGCCACUGAGGAGAUGCCCCCCCUCCUGUCCUCACCUCAAAGCUCACCUGCCACUGUUCAGCCGCAUGAUGUAAAGCGCAUGGCAUGGAACAGCACAGGCAACAGCUCCUGCCCUGACUUGGAGCACACUAAGUGUGCCACUCCCACCGCUCCACUAGGGAGCAACCCUGUCCCUGCUAAAAGCAACACUCAACCAACUCGUAAACAGGAGAUCAUCAAGAUAACAGAGCAGCUGAUUGAAGCAGUCAACAAUGGAGAUUUUGAUGCCUACACGAGGAUUUGUGAUCCUGGGCUGACCUCUUUUGAACCCGAGGCUCUAGGGAACCUAGUAGAGGGCAUGGACUUUCACAAGUUCUACUUUGAAAACUUGCUGAGCAAGAACAGCAAGCCGGUUCAUACCACCUUGCUCAACCCACAUGUGCACUUGAUUGGAGAGGACGCGGCAUGCAUCGCCUACAUCCGGCUGACGCAAUUUGUGGACUCAACAGGCCGCCCUCGUUCCAGCCAAUCAGAGGAAACCAGGGUGUGGCAUCGCCGCGAUGGCAAGUGGCUCAAUGUUCACUUCCACUGCUCAGGAGCACCCGCCGCACCACUGCAGUGAUCAGUGGUCCUGAGACUCCAGAUUACUGGAGUGUGUGUUCUGGGGGGCAGUUUUUUCGGCAAGCGUCUUUAAGGGGCAUGUCCUCUAUGUGGAUUGGCUAAUGCCAGGAGCCCGGCCGGGCGAGAUUGCAGCCCUCUCCACAACACCAACCAAUCCCGUCCCUCCUUUGACCUGCUGGGGGCCGGCUGAAUACAGACACCGCCCCCUUGGGAUGAUGCAUGUAUCUGGCGCCCAAUAGGAGGGUGCGUCUUUACCCUCUGACCCUCCCCUGGCAGCCAUCUUUUUUCUGCCCGUGCGAGAUGAGACGUCCAGGGGAGGAGAGGGUUUACUGUUGAACUUGUGACAGUUUAUGAGUAUGAGUUAUGAAUAUACUGUAAUUAUGACUAGAUGUACCAGACACCACCAAAACCCAACCGAGCAUUUAUACUUACAUUCUAAUAAGGGAGGCACAGAGAAGCAUAUGGAGGUAACUGAUGAGAUUUUGGACACAUUUGGCAUUCUUGGGAAUACCAAGGCAGAAAGUGUCGCGCUAGACACUCGGAAGUUAAUGCAAAGAUUAAGGGGGAAAAAAAGUCUCCCCAGCUCAAGUCUAGAGGGGGAUUAAGAAUUAUGUCUUGAUUGCGCGAGAGAACUUGAUGAGAUAAGAGAAACUCGAUAUCAAAAACGUGAAGCACCAAAGUGUAGAACUUUAGGCUUUUUAUGUGUUUUGUGUGUUUCUGUUUUCAUCUGAAUCCUUGUUUAUCGAGAGAAGUGGGGGGGGGUGUGCGUUUGAGAUUGACGUGUUUGUUGUGGGGUUAUUUUUUGGGGGAUUUUGUUUGUUUGUUGUUUUAGUGUCCUAUUGUAUUGCGUCCCUGUGUGUAACUGGAGAUUUAUGUCUGACUGAUCCUGUAUCUGAGGCUACUUUUUAAACGACUGAGUUUUUAAUGCGGUUUUAAUGUGCGAGUAUAAAGCUGCCGUGUUUGUAACAUGUUUAGUUCUGUGUGUGUGCAGCGGAGGGUGAGAGAGGGGGCCGGGAAAGGCGCCUGCGUUUUGCAUGUUUGCCGGCCACCUCUCCUUCGCUUGCCCCUUGGCCUCGACUCUGUCGCUGUCUCUCUCUUUCUUUCUCUCUCUGUCUUUCCCUCUCUCUCUCUCUCUCUAUCUCUCUCUCUCUCUCUCUCUCUCUCUCUCUCUCUCUCUCUGAUCCCUCCUCCCUCUUUUAACCCGCCAGAACAACUCCCUCUUCCUCCCCCGUAUCUGCUUUCUGCUCUCGAGGGGCUAACGGUUUGUUUAUAAUCACUGUGUAAAUACAGUGUAUGUAUAGAUAUAUAUGUAGAAAAGUGUAAUAUAUGUACAUGCAUCUAUGAGACGCUCAUCCUGUGCAUCUGGCUGUGGGAUCACCCCACGGUACCUCGAUCAUGAUCUUACAUCCCGUUUUGAGCUGAGAGCAUGAAACUACAUUGAUCUUUAACAUUUUGAGCACUUGGUUGAUUAGAGUGUUUUUCUAAUCGUUGCGAUGCUUUCUUAAAAUACCACUGCGCUGGUAGUUUUCUCCUACAUCAAUAUGAAGCCACACAAAUAGACACGCUACCAGCUCUUGUCCCAUGGACACAUGACUGUUUUUAAAGACGCGGAAUAGAUUACUAUACAGGGUAAAACUAUGUCGACCCCCCCAUACACACACACCCUUUUCUCUCCUCUUUGAUUUUGAAGGACCUUGAUCAUAACCCUCCUCCGGUCCCACAGUGCUGUGAGUUGUCUCUCCCAUGUGGUCUACAACACAUAUCGUAUGCAAACACACACACAUACACACACACACGCCUGGUGGUGUUUUACCCUUUGUAACAUAUCUGCACCACUGCCCUGUGUGACCACAGCGUAACCCUGGCCGUGUCGCUUAAUUGUCUCCAUUCAUGCGUGCAGUUGGAUCUGAACCUGUUUUUGAUAGCUCCCUGCUCUUGAAAUGUUUGUUUGUACCUCUCUUCGUUGUUUCUCUGUUACCCGUAAUGUUAGUUUUGAGUUUUGUCGUUGCUGUUAACUGUCGUUUUUUGCCGUUGGGUAAUUUGCCGCGCUGCCAAGCUGGAGUUCUGCACUCUCCCUCGGAGACACACGCACUCACACAAAAGGGAAAAAUAAGAGGGAAUAACAUGGAAUUAUGAUUGAAUGAUCAUCGAUUAAUCCAAACUAAAUUAUUUAUUAAUGUGUAAUAAUCUACCCUUGGUGGUUUUUAAACUCUGCCUGCUCGGUGUUGAGAGAGGGCGAGAGAGCGAAAGAGAAAGUUGUGUUGGUUGGCAAGUUUUUGUGACCUACACCGAUAAGCCAGAGCAGGAGACCAAGUUAUAUGCAUGUUUCAGUUAAGCAUUUCUACCAUGUACCUACCUGAAUAAGGAUGGAGAUAGUGUUUAUAAUAUAUAUUUGCAUCUUUAAAUCGAGAACCUCCUCUAUCCAGAAUGUUGAAUAGGUGACACGAAAAAUAAAUGUUAAAAAAUUAAAAAAAAAAAUCAAAAAAUGAAUUUUAAAAAAGGAUUCAGGAGCCGUAGCUUGGUAUGAGGCCCUCGAUGUUAGCAUUUUCCCCGCAUUGUAAUGAAAUACUAUUGGGCUGCGCUUUCCCCUCCCCAGCCGUCACCUGGAUGCUGGAGUUUUUUGCAUGAUCAUGAUGUACCUACAAUGAAAUACAACCAUGAAUUGAUGACUAUCAAGUGUUUGUCUGAGUGUUAGUUGGUCUUCAUCAUAGCUUUGUUAUUCUUCGAACUUGGAUCUUGAAAGUAUUUAAUAAAAAUACUAUU